AUGACAGCAUUCAACAACUCUUGCAUGCUUUAUCAAGGCAUGAAAGCUGCUGGUGAAAAAAUUGUACGUACAGAAGCAGCCGCUGAUAAAGCGGUAAAGAACGCAGAGGAUAAAGCGAGUGAAACUAUUAAGCAGGUCCACGUGCGUGCGGAUACGGCAAAAGUCAGAAAGGAAAUGUGGUUUGAGAAGUUUAUUUGGUUCAUCUCGUCAGAGAAUUACGUAGUGAUUGUGGGACGUGAUGCUCAACAAAACGAACUAUUGGUGAAACGAUACCUGCGACCUGGAGACAUUUACGUGCAUGCUGAUGCUCAUGGUGCUGCAUCUCUUGUGAUCAGAAAUAAAGCGGGCGGUGGAGUAAUUCCGCCGAAAACAAUGACGGAAGCCGCGCAGAUGGCUAUUUGCUAUUCAAGUUCAUGGAGCUCAACUGUUAUCUCUUCAGCGUGGUGGGUGUACGACCAUCAGGUUUCAAAAGUUGCUCCAUCUGGGGAGUACCUGUCUCAUGGUAGCUUUAUGAUCAGAGGCAAGAAAAACUUUAUGCCUGCUAGCCCACUGGUACUUGGUUUCGGUAUUUUGUUCCGUCUUGAUGAAGAAAGUGCUGCUAAUCGCAGACAGAAGAUGGCGGUGAGUUCACUUGAAUUUUUUUAA